AUGGCAACAAUCCUGGCACCAAUAUUUUCAGAUAAUUAUGAUGAAGAUGUUGAGAUUUUUAUUAGUCGAUUAUCAGCAUAUUUGGCUGAUAUAGAUGUGAAUCCAGUUGGUGCAACAAGAAAUAGAGCUUUUGGUAUUUUUAGAGGAUGUUUAUCUGGACUAGCAUUAGAUUGGUUUAAUCGAAAAAUUCUUGCUGAUAUUCAAGGAUAUACUAUGGCACAGAUGAAUAUUAGCAAUAGUUUUAGAAAUUCUUCAAUAGACCAUAUCUAUGCUAAUACUCCUGCUAAUAAUGCUGUAACAGUAGAGAAUUUAAUGAUUUCAGCAGAAGCUUUUAUUGAAGAUUGGAGCUUAGCUGGAGGAUGCUUAUCAGAAAGACCCACCAAUGCAGUAAAUGCAGGUAAUAAUAAUCCUAUUAUAUUUGAUAAUAUACGGAUUGGACAGGCAUUAUAUUGGCUCAAGAAUGAAUAUCCUACAGUGCUUAGUAAAAAGCACAAUCUAGUGUUUGGUUCAUUAGCUCAAGAGGAUGAUCCUCUAGAAAUAUUUUAUUUAAAACUUAGAAAAUAUGGACAAAUGCUUAAACUUAAUGAGAAGCAAAUUAAAGAGGAUGAUGCAGAACGUAUUGGUACCGAACAACUCUUAGAAGAACUUUUUAGUACAUUAGAAUGA